GUACGCGGUACACUCGAAUGUAACUCAAUGUUCAUGUACAUAUACAUUUACAUGUAUAUGUACGUUUGUAGCGGAACCACUCGCGCAACGGAUACCAGUUUCAAUGUUUCUCCGGUAUUAUAUGAUGCACAUUUUGUUUCUCAACAGCACCGCCAGCAGUAAGAUUGUGCGAUUUUUUCAUUAAACUCGAAGACACUGUUGAAAAAUUUCGGCAAAAUUACAAAAAAUACAGACGCGACACAGACGUGAUUUGGUGAUUAAUAUAUGAUGUAUUACAUAACACACUAAACGGUUUUUCAAAACUUUAAAAACUGUUGGAGUUGGUCUUUCAAAUCACACGAGAACACUUUCAGCAAUUUCUACAGUUCAUUGAUGCCAGAUGGAUGGACACGAACGUUGGCAGUGACGUCAAGCUACAACAGCCAACCUGACUUCAGCUGAUUACGGCACCCGUUCAGACUGUACCAAAGAGAGCUAGCGCGCGAUGAGUUUGCCGUACACUCGACUUGCUCGCGGUGUUCUCGCGACCAUCGCCUCCUUCGUGGUCUAUAUCCUUCACAGGACGGUGGUGAAGGCCUUGGGCAUGCUUUUGGUGGCAAUUCGGGAUGACUUCGAGACCGACACCUGGGUCGCUGGAACGGUGUUUUCCGCAACCGACUGCGUCACCGAUAUGACUGGUCCAAUAGUGGGACCCAUAGGCAAGCGCUUCGGUUAUCGAAGAGUCUGCAUGUUUGCCGGGGCGAUGACUGCUGCUGCCGUCAUCGUGGCUUCACAGGCACCGAGUUUUCUGCUAUUGGCAAUCCCACUCAUCGGACCAGCAGCUCUUGGACGCAGCGUUGUCAUCAUACUCGUCUGUGCAACCCUCAGCAAACAUCUGGACAACAGAGAAUUUGCUCUGGCAUCGGGAAUUGCAAAAACGGGCGCCGCCCUGGGCUACACCGCCAUACCGCCGGUGGUGCAGCUAUGCCUGGAUACAUAUGGAUGGAGGGGAACCCUGCUGAUCUUGGGUGCACUAUGCGCUCACUUGGUAGUGUGCGGCGCUUUGAUCGUAUCCUCAGAAACAGGGGACGCCGGAACAAAUCUUAAAAGUGGCUACCAGUCACUGUCAAAUGACGACACAUGCCCUGACACAGAAGGAUUACAGCAAGAACCGAAUCCACAACGCCUCCUGCUGCCACUGAAGUCCUUCUAUCAACGCGUGGAGGCUGCUAUUGGUCUAUCCGUGAUAUUUGACUUUAACUUUUGGAGAGCGACACAAAUAAAUAUCAUAAGUAAGAUUGCACUGAUGGCCUGGGUAAUUUAUUUUGUACCACACGCAGAAAACAGGGGAUUUUCGGGAGAAACUGCUGCGCUGAUGGUUACAGUAGCAGGAGUGGGUCAUCUUGCUGGCAUCCUUAUCGGUAGCUUGCUUGUUUUUAAAGGAAUCCUGUCCAGUAUGGGCUGCCUUAUGUUAGCGAUUCCUUUCACUGCAGUGCCGCUAUGCAUCGAUACCUGGAUGACCAGUAGGUGGUUAAUGACGGCCAAUGCCACGGUUCUCAUGCUCGCCCUUGGCUGCUCGUUCACGAUGUCCACGGUCGUGCUGAAGGACGUACUCGGAGACGAGAAAUUCACUUCCGCCAUCGGUUGGAUGACUUUCUUCUCUGGCCUCUUCAAAUUGCUGGGUGGCUUCAUUCCAGGUUGGGUGUUUGAUCACAGCGGCAGCUUUGAGGUUGGAUUCGCCAUCAUAGGCGCUACGCAGUUCAUACCGUUUAUACCAAUUAUCGCUCAGAGACUGCUGUGCUCCAAAACAAAUUAAACGAUCCAGCUUAUUCUGUUGAAAAAUUUACACUCAUCAGAAGUCUACUCCAUGGGAAUAUGAUGACAGCAAUAAGCCCUUUGCACAGCUCUGUAAAACACGGGUGGAUGUUAAAAAAAAUCUCGACGUAGGUAAUAGAUAAAACAUAAUGUUGGUGUGGAGACCAAAGCAGGCAGUCUUCUUAAUUAGGAAAUGACCACAAAGACGUAAUCGCAAGUGCAGUGAGGGCAAUGCCGUUCUUUAUUAAGCGUUCAUUAGCAUAUCUGAAGUAUAGUAGUCACAAUAGCAUGGCAUUUUAAGUGAAAUAUGUAUGCUUACUGCAAAUUUAAACCUUUCAAAUGGAGCCGUUCUUUCCGUCAUACUUCAAAGAGGUAUAUAGAUCUAAGGCACCAAUGUUCCAUUCAACAUACAACUUAUUAAUUUUGGAUUUUGCCCUGCCCGGAGUGUAUUUAACAGUGUAUACUCAGUGUAUGCCCCGAAGGCUUGUAAAAAAUCCCACAAGCGUACUUGCGUGGGACUCGAAACCACGACUUCCUGCUAACUUGUGCAGACGUCUUGACCACUCGACCACCGAUUUUGCCGAUUUCGGCUGGCUGGUUCGAAUCAGAUGUAGCAUUUAAUUCAAUUUACGACAAAUACGACUUAUUCCGAUAUAGAUGUAAAUACCAGUUUCACGUUACAGGUUAACACUGUUCCUUUUUUAGUUUAUGUCAUUGCCAAAUUAAGCAAUGACCUAUAUAAACUCGUAGCCGGUUUGAAGCUUACCCAGGAUGGAAAACAUCGAAACUUUGUUUCCCCAAUGAAUUUUACUAUUCUUUUCUACAAAAAUUUCAGUUAAAGUACAUUUCAUUUUAACAUAAAAUCUUAUCAGAAAAUCAGCAACAGCGGCAUAUAGACGAAGGGUGAUGUAAUACUGUCUGAUAGCAAAAUGUCGAAUUGGUCAAAUAUUUUUGCAAUUGUCUUUUAUUUUGCGGGGAAAGACGUCAGCAUCAUUUUUAACAUAUUAUUUUUAAGGAGUAUUGAGGUUACAGUAAUCUCUCUCAGCGGUUAAUCUUAUCAGAAUUUUUUAAAUAUUGGUAGUGGGUUAUAACUAUUAUUCCAGGGAAUAGUUGAUUAACUUGAUAUUUUUGAGAUAUGUGGUUUGAAACAUGUUAUAUCUUGUCGGUCUUGGAAAUAUAAUUUAGAUUUUAAAGGCGACUUUGCCCAAAGAUUUAAUAGUUACAAUAUUAUUAGUUAUGCGUUUGAUCUUUUCAUCCUUAUUGAGAAAUUCGAUUUUCAAGUGUUAGGCCUAAUCAAGGAAUUUCAGCUUUGUUAUCCUUUUCUUGAGGAAUAACCUAGAUUACCAAUGUUAAGAACAACCACUUUAGUGAUGUUGAUUGUCUAAUAUAGAAUGAUAGAAGCCGAAAUAGUGUCCUGACAACAUCGGAAAUACCGAAAAACGCGUUUUUGAGUACCAAACUUAAAGGAGUUUUGCUGAAUUGCGAAACAAAAAUCGUGAAUGUGAAUAUAAUUACGUGUAAAUGUAAUAUUAAUUACGUGUAAAUGUACUUCAAAAUCGAGGCAUGAUAAACCUGUGUAAGAGAAUUAUAUUACUCACUUUAAGGUACAGGGAAAAAGUGACUCCAAACACUUCAACCGACAUGACCGACAAGAAGAUUCCGGGAUGACUGAAUGAGUCAUUUACAAUUUCAAUGUUUACAAAGAAGAACUCGGUGCAUUUUGACCCAAACAAGCUAUGCAUUCUUCUACCACGGGCGGAUGUUUUCGGUGCUGGGGCACUCUAAACCAUACAAUAGCACUGAAAGUUGAAUCAGUUUCAGUAGAUAUAAGAAACAUGUGCCCCAUGAUGAGUCGCUUGGGACAUUUUUAGACUUUUAAAGCCGAGAUGCAGGGACCCUCAAAACUUUGAUUGAAAUACUGACCACGUUACUAGCGUGCACACCGGAAAGGCCGCAAAUAGGAGGCAUGACUGGCCAGACAUAAAUCUUGUAUGACAACACGACUGACCGAGUUGGACCGUUUUCAGACAUUUUAAAGAGAACCAACUUUUACUGGGGGAAAAAAAAAACCUUCAAAGUCCAUACACAUAUAUACAAACCAGAAAGCAUUUCUCUCAGACUUGUUUUUUUUUUCGUUCGAUAAUAUUCCUCCAAUCUUUUAAAAUAAGGAAUCUAGACUUCUAACAGUGGUCAAAGAAACACGUGCCCUUUUGGAUACAAUUGCAGACCUUUAUAGUUGAUUUAUAUAGAUACCCAAGUUUGAUGAUAAAGAGGCGUAUUAACUAAUGUACGUGGCAAAUCUGGAAAUGAAACCUGUACAUGUAUCUGUGGAUAAAGAAUAUAUGAUGAA